UGAAAAAGAAAAACUAUUUUCAACUCUUGAGCGGGCAAAAAAUAAUAAUAAUAACAAAAGCAAACCGAAAACUUGAUAUUUUUGAGCAAACGACGAUCACACACAAAAUAGCAAAGCUAGAGAUCAACUUCGUAACUUAACUUAAGUUUUCAUCGCUGGAACGACACAACUUCAUAUAGGGAAUUGAGUGCAAUUAUUUAAUUUGCAUAUCAUCCACCUCUUAAGUUAUGGAUCGUAUUUGGAAAAAGUUUUUGCUUUGCUUUGUUUUAUGUUCAGCGUUAAGAAAAUGCAAAUAAGCAAACACACAUACAUACCUACAUAUAUAGAAUCAUAUAUACAAACAUUCUGAAACUAAUAGAGGCCAUUGUAUCGUAUCGGGGUGCAUAAAUCAUACAACAACAACUCAUCCGAAAUACAUUUUUCAAAAGGCCCAUUUCAGAUAUGCGUCACUUCAUUUAAAAAAAGUAAACAAGAUGAUUUGCAAUUAGUAGUUCAGUGAAGAGCGAAGCUGCAACGUGACCGCAACUACGACACUUUUUAUCGGUUUUUUUUGUUUUUGCGUUAUAUAUACUACUCAGCCUACUCGCUUGACGAUCGCUUGAAGCAGAUAUACACGCUCGCAUAGGCAGAUUUUUAUAUUGCUUUACAAAUAAUACAUUUUUUAUUUAUUUGUAGCGUGAUUUACUGUUUGUUGUGGUUUUCGUUGUUUUUGUACCUUGUGAAACGAAUCAUCAUUCUUUAUAGACUUAAAAGUAUAAUUAUAAAUGUGGAGAAAAGUCAAUUAGAACACCUCACAUGGAGAGGCACGCGAUCACUUCGGAUUGUAGGUUUUUUUUCAUGAGAACACUGUGGGUGGCUUGUGAAAUUCACAGUGAACUUUUUAUGGGUUUGUUGUUGUAGUUGCUUGAAUAAUUGCUAAGUUUAAAAGUCAUAAAAAAAUUUAAAAAAUAUUUUUAAAAAGCCAUUUAAACAAGUUUUAACAGUUUUUGGUUCAAUUUAAGCACACAAAAAUUUUAACGCCACUAUAACCUUUACCAAAGCAAUUCAGAGCUUUCUACAUUUAUUUAGUAGAAGCAAAAGUAGUUAACUGCAAAUCAUUUCAUGAUUUAUAGAAGUUACUCUUAUCUUGGACUGUUAUAUAAAUUUUUACUGCAACUGAAAUAAAACAAAAAAAUGUUUUCUGAGCUUUUAAGCUCGUUGAAAGCCUUGCGAGCUUUCACUUCUUUGUAAGAGCGUUAAUAAAAUUAAAUUACGGCAGGUAUUAAGUGUUAAAGGGCUCAACUGAAAUUUAUUAUGAACGCUGUAAAAUUAGUCAAAGCUUUUAAAGCUCUUUCCUUGUUAUUAAAUGAAAAAGCUUCGUAUAAAAUUUAUUAUUAAAUCCGUUUAUGAGUCUAUAAGUUUAUUUUAUAUGAAAAAUCGCUGUUUCAUUAAGCCUGAGAAUCUUACUAAGACAAUUAAAUUUAAAUAUAGAAUAAUAAAAGCUUCAUGUAACAUAUAAAAGCUCAAGUUUAUCUAAAAAAGAUUCAAAAACCCGUAAUAUAAACUUUUUGUGAGUCAUGAAAUGAUCUCUACAAUGCUAUAAAGCCUAAUGUGAUACAUUUUCUAGGGUACAAGUUGAUCUAAAUAUAUAUAUUUUUUUUUUAAAUUGAAGUUAUAAUUUCUCUCCAAAAGUUGCGAUUACGUUCAAACCUAAUCACUGAGUCAUUAUAAUAAAUUAUACUAACAUUAAUUUGAUCCCAAAAUAUUGCAUAAUGGUCUAAUAUUCAUCAACCAUAAACCAAAGACAUCGUUUCACACUGCUCCAUAAAUUUCCAAAUAAAAGCGCCUGCGGGUAGGCUACACAAAUUCAAAGCAUACUCAUAAACUCCUAACACACAUGAAAGUUUCAGUGCUUCUUAUUUCAUUAUUCACACUUAUUUCGUGGCUUGUGGCGUAAUUUAAUUAUGUGGCAACACUGUUGGUCAAUUUCUACAAUUUUCUAAUAUAAGAAACAAAAUUAUAGCACAUGAUUCCAGAUGUGUUCAGUGUGAUAAUACAACAAAUUUAAAAAGCACUUAAAAAAACAUAAAGCAAAAAGUGAAAAUAAAUCGCUUAAAAGCAAAUAAAAACAAAGGAAUAAUAAAGUAAAUUUGCGUACCUUCGCCCAACAAAUUCACCGUGAAAAAUGUGCGAGCCGCGUAGGCGUAUACGCAACCUCAACUCUGGUUUACAACUACUAGUGCGCGCGCGUCUUAUUGGCGCUCUAAUAGUUUGCAACACUUAAAUACUGCGUUUUACAGAAAAAACAACAACAAUAAUAAUAAUUAUAACAACCAAAACUUGUGUGUUGGCUUAAACAUUUUCGGUUGCUAACUUAAGGCACACUUAGAGCUCACAGUCGCCGUCGGUUGCGCACAACAGCCACAGCCAACAUGACGUCGCAGACGAGCACUUGCAACAGCUUCUUCCAGGAGCAUGCAAACAGCGCGCUGAAUCAAUAUUUUCAGCAAUUGAAUUCGAAUGCCGCUGCUGCUAUGAGUAGCAGCAACAACAGUGAUAGCAGCGCCAAUGAAGGCGGCAGCAGCAUGACCAGCUCAUCGAUGGAGGGAAAUCGCAGCAGCGUUAGCAGCAUUGAUUCGUCGAAAUCGGUGAAUAGUAACGGUAAUGGCAGCGCAGCAGCACAAUGGAACAAUAUGCAGCAACAACAGGCGCAACAGCAACAACAGCAGCUGCAGCAACAGCAGCAACAGGCGCAACAGCAUCAACAGCAGCAGCAGCAACAUCAUCAUCAUCAGCAACAACAACAACAUAUGCAUCAUAACCAGCAACAGCAAAACUCACACCAGCCGCAGCAGCAGCAAGCGCAGCAGCAGCAACAACAACAUAACCAUCAUCAGCAUCAGCAGCAGCAACAACAAACACAACAACACCAACAGCAGCAGCAGCAACAUACACAGCAAUCGCAUCACCAGCACCAUCAGCAGCAGCAGCAGCACCAACAACAACAGCAGCAACAGCAACAGCAACAACACUCCCACCAACAACAACAACAUCAGCAUUCCGCAGUGGCAGCCGCCCACAACCAAUUGUCCGCACUUAGCCAAACACUCACACAAAAUUUGGCCGCCGCCGCUGCCGCAUCCAAUGCCACCGCCAACACCAACCCACACUCGAUCUUCGGCUCCGGCAAUUUCCAUUACAAAACCAAUAACUCAUGGACAAUACCCACCUUAUCCUGCUACCAGCGCCUCUACAAUGAAAACCAGCAACAUUACCAUCGCCAAUUUGGCAAUGGUGGCGGCAGCGGUGGUGGCAGUGGUGGCUCUAGCAACGGCGGUGUUGGCGCCGGCGGUAACUCCUCCGAUUCGCAAGCUCUGUCACAGGUCUCCGGCGGUGGUGGCGGUGGCGGUAACAACAAUUUGGGCAGCUGCAAUGCAAACGCUGCUGCCGCAUCCGUUCAACAUGUUGCUAACGCUGUGGCGGCCGUUGUCAUGGCCAACGAGCAGCAUCAAAGUCAUUUGAACAGUUUGAAGGCGCGCUUUCAGGCACCCGGCAAUGCAGGCAGGAAAUCUCCAUUUUUGGGUUUCAUUUGCAAAACAAACGGCAAAUCCUCAUCGAAUAGCAAAGAAGUUAUCUGCGGCGAUGACAAAUACAAAGAAGAGGGUGAUCUCUGGAAUGUGGAGGCACAAACCGCAUUCCUCGGACCGAAUUUGUGGGACAAAGCUCUGCCAUACGAUGCCGAUCUUAAGGUAACACAAUAUGCAGAUUUGGAUGAAUUCUUGUCGGAGAACAAUAUACCUGAUGGCUUGCCCGGCUCCCAUUUGGGACACUCAAGUGGUUUGGGGCAUCGAUCAGAUUCGCUGGGCCAUGCUGCUGGUCUGGGGCUGGGUCUCGGCCAUAUAACGACGAAGCGUGAACGUUCCCCAUCGCCAUCGGAUUGUAUAAGUCCGGAAACAUUGAAUCCACCAUCGCCGGCUGAGUCAACUUUCUCCUUUGCAUCGUCGGGGCGAGAUUUCGAUCCGCGCACCAGAGCAUUCUCCGAUGAAGAGCUCAAACCGCAACCGAUGAUCAAGAAAUCACGCAAACAGUUUGUGCCCGACGAACUGAAGGACGAUAAAUAUUGGGCACGUCGCCGGAAGAACAACAUUGCCGCCAAGCGAUCACGUGACGCACGCCGCCAAAAGGAAAACCAAAUAGCGAUGCGUGCCAGAUAUCUGGAAAAAGAAAAUUCGACAUUACAUCAAGAAGUGGAACAGUUGAAACAGGAAAAUAUGGACUUGCGUGCGCGUCUCUCCAAAUUCCAAGAUGUGUAAUGUUAAGAAGUACCACCCUCCUCCCCCUAAAAAAAAGAAAAUUAUUAAAUAUAUAUAUACAUAAAUGUAAAUGUAUAUAUAAAUGUGUAUAUCACCUCCAAAAACCACAACCACCAAUCUAAAAUGCAACCAAGCAGGCAACAAUUUAUGUAUAAUAUAAGCAACGCAAAACAACCGUUAACCAUAAAGGCGGCAAAGGAACUGGAAAUGGUUAAAAUAUGAACCGUUAUGCAGCUCACCGCAAAACAGCCGUUAGAAAACUCAUGCCACACACAUACUUUCACAUACAAACAUAUGCACACACAUACACAUGCAAUUGCCUACCUGUAGCAGCGGUACAGUUAUAUGGACAUAAAUAUAUAUAACUUAAUAUAUAUAUAUAUAUAUAUAGCGAACAGCUUAUAAUUGAGAAACAUAGAAAUGAUAACGGUACAUAGAAAUUAUUUGAAGCAGUUUUUAAUUAUGCUUACAGUUUGUGCAAAAAAGUGCAGACAAAGUAUGAAAAAACAACAACAACUAACUCCCACAAGCUGCAGCAGAAAUUGAGUGCAAGGAAUAAAGUAUAAAAGAGAAGCAAAAGAAGCAUAAAAACCAAACAUAUUUAUAAAAUUGAAUCUAUACAAAUAUACCAACAAAAUUCAGCGCUUAACACAAUGCCGAAAAAGAAAGAAAUCAGAAAAAAAUAACAACAAAAAAAGCGUUUAAGUCUGGCUAAAACGCAACUAACUAAUUCAUGAAACAACUUGAAGGAAAGAGAAGAGCAAAUGUCAAGAACCGAGUGAGCGGUGGCUGGGCGUGGAGGUCGCGCGAGCGUUUCUUGCAAAGUGUGGGAUGUUUGUAUAAGAACAACAACAAAAUCAACAGUAAAUGGUAACGGCGCAACUGAAAAUCGGCAAGAAAGCCAAUAAAACAUUAAAUUUGUUAAACAAAUAAAUGAAAGAACAACAAAAAACACAACAACUAUUACAACAAACUCAAAGAAAAUAAACAUAUGUAUGUAUGUAUACUAGAUAAGUAAAUAAUUUAUAUACAAAAGCAGACGUAUACACGCAAUCGGCGCAUACAAAAAAAAAAAACAAAAACAACUACAAACAUAAAGAUGUAUGUGCUGCAAA